AUGAUAGUCUUCUAUAGUGUGCUAUUUAUUCAAUAUUGUAGUGUGCUUAUUGCACUCCUUAUUUAUGCAGUUCUACUCAUGCCUAGUUUCAUAAAAGUUGGGUACUACUAUUUCUUUUCAAGACAUGUUAUUAGAAGUGUAAUCUAUGGAGAACAACCAAGAAAUAGGUUGGAUUUGUACAUACCCAAAGAUAAUAGCAAAUCAAGUUCAGUAGUGGCAUUCGUAACUGGUGGAGCUUGGAUCAUUGGUUACAAGGCUUGGGGUGCUCUCCUUGGAAGGCGGUUAGCAGAGAGAGGAAUUAUAGUAGCUUGUAUUGAUUACAGAAAUUUCCCUCAAGGAACAAUAAGCGACAUGGUCAGUGAUGCUUCUGAGGUGAUAUCAUUCAUUUGUAACAAUGUUGUUAGCUUUGGAGGGGAUCCUAAUAAAAUCUACUUGAUGGGUCAAUCAGCAGGAGCACAUAUCGUGGCCUGCGCUCUCUUAGAGCAAGCAAUUAAGGAAUCUAAGGGAGAGAAUACCUAUUGGAAUGUGGCUCAAAUAAAAGCAUAUUUUGGUUUAUCUGGAGGAUACAAUAUCCAAAAUUUGGUCGAUCACUUUCAUCAGUGUGGUCUUUAUUGUUCAAUAUUUCUCAGCAUAAUGGAGGGAGAGGAAUCACUGCCACAUUACUCACCUGAAAGGUUGGUUACUGAAGAAAACCUCGCAACACUAUUUAUAAAUUGCGGACAGGUCACUCAAGCAGAUCUAAAGUUAUUCUUUGAGUCCAUAUGUGGUGAGAUCGAUCUGGAGACCAACAAGAUCAUGGACUUCAUCAAGUUUGAUGUCGGCAACGUGGUCAUGGUGACCGGUGGGAGGAACACCGGGCGUGUAGGAGUGAUCAAGAACAGGGAGAAGCACAAGGGUAGCUUCGAGACCAUCCAUGAGCAAUGGGUCCUGCUGGGGUGCUUGCUUGAGGAGGAGCAGUUUGUGUCUGUUGAGUCUGUUGCCCGGAACCGCCACGAGCAGGUGUACUUUGAGUGGUAG